AGGCGGCUGGCUGGUGCUGGGGCGGGCGGGCCCCGGAAUUGUCAUUUCUUUGUUUCCGAAGGCGGAGGAAGCGCUGAGCCCACACCUCCUCGUCCCACCCCCUCCCCCCGGGUGCUGGCUCCAUGUCUGUGUGACCGGCCCCAGGGGUAGAGUCCAGGCCCGACGCGGGGCGGGCCGGCGGCGGCGGCUGAGGUGAGAGGCUGCGGCGGCGCGGGCACCCGGCCCCCCAGCGGGAGGAUGAAGCGGCGGAACGCCGAGUGCAGUAAGCUCCGCCGCCCCCUAAAGCGGAACCGGAUCACCGAGGGCAUCUACGGCAGUACGUUUUUAUACCUGAAAUUCCUGGUAGUGUGGGCACUUGUCCUCCUGGCAGAUUUUGUCCUGGAGUUCAGAUUUGAAUACCUGUGGCCAUUUUGGCUUUUCAUCAGAAGCGUCUAUGAUUCCUUCAGAUACCAGGGACUGGCCUUUUCAGUAUUUUUUGUUUGUGUAGCAUUCACGUCAAAUAUAAUAUGUCUGCUGUUCAUCCCCAUACAAUGGCUUUUUUUUGCUGCUAGUACAUAUGUGUGGGUUCAGUACGUAUGGCACACAGAAAGGGGAGUGUGUUUGCCCACAGUAUCCCUCUGGAUACUCUUUGUUUAUAUUGAAGCAGCAAUUAGAUUUAAAGAUCUCAAAAAUUUUCAUGUAGACCUUUGUCGUCCAUUUGCUGCUCACUGUAUUGGGUACCCUGUGGUGACUUUGGGCUUUGGCUUCAAAAGUUAUGUAAGCUACAAAAUGCGGUUGAGGAAGCAGAAGGAAGUGCAAAAAGAGAACGAAUUUUACAUGCAGCUUCUUCAACAAGCCCUCCCCGCAGAGCAACAAAUGCUACAAAAGCAAGAAAAAGAGGCUGAGGAAGCAGCCAAAGGAUUACCUGAUAUGGAUUCCUCAAUCCUCAUACACCACAACGGAGGUAUCCCAGCCAAUAAAAAACUCUCCACAACUUUGCCAGAGAUAGAAUACCGAGAAAAAGGGAAAGAAAAAGACAAAGAUGCCAAAAAACACAACCUUGGAAUAAAUAACAACAAUAUUCUACAACCUGUAGACUCUAAAAUACAAGAAAUUGAGUAUAUGGAAAACCAUAUCAAUAGUAAAAGAUUAAAUAAUGAUCUCGUGGGAAGUACAGAAAAUCUCUUGAAAGAGGACUCAUGCAGUGCUUCCUCAAAAAACUACAAAAAUGCCAGUGGAGUUGUGAACUCCUCACCUCGAAGUCACAGCGCCACAAAUGGGAGCAUUCCUUCCUCAUCUAGUAAAAAUGAGAAGAAGCAGAAAUGCCCUAGUAAGAGCCCAAGUGCACACAAGGACUUAAUGGAAAACUGUAUUCCUAAUAACCAGCUAAGCAAACCAGAUGCACUGGUAAGGCUGGAACAAGACAUUAAAAAGUUAAAGGCCGACCUGCAGGCCAGCAGGCAAGUGGAACAGGAGCUCCGCAGUCAGAUCAGCUCCCUCUCGAGCACCGAGCGAGGGAUCCGCUCAGAAAUGGGCCAGCUCCGGCAAGAGAAUGAGCUGCUGCAGAACAAGUUACAUAAUGCUGUGCAAAUGAAGCAAAAAGAUAAGCAGAAUAUCAGCCAGUUGGAGAAAAAGCUAAAAGCUGAGCAGGAAGCCCGAAGUUUUGUAGAAAAGCAGUUAAUGGAGGAGAAAAAAAGGAAGAAGUUAGAAGAAGCUACUGCUGCCCGCGCUGUUGCAUUUGCUGCUGCGUCUAGGGGAGAGUGCACCGAAACCUUACGGAAUCGGAUCAGAGAAUUAGAAGCAGAGGGCAAGAAGCUCACAAUGGACAUGAAGGUGAAAGAAGAGCAGAUCAGAGAACUAGAACUGAAAGUUCAGGAGCUUCGGAAGUAUAAGGAAAAUGAGAAGGACACUGAGGUGUUAAUGUCAGCCCUCUCAGCCAUGCAAGAUAAAACGCAGCACCUGGAGAACAGCCUGAGCGCAGAGACAAGAAUCAAGCUGGACCUGUUCUCCGCACUGGGGGAUGCAAAGCGACAGCUCGAGAUUGCCCAAGGACAAAUUCUUCAGAAAGACCAGGAAAUCAAGGACCUAAAACAGAAGAUAGCCGAAGUCAUGGCCGUCAUGCCCAGCAUAACAUACAGUGCUGCCACCAGCCCCUUGAGCCCCGUUUCCCCACACUACUCUUCCAAAUUUGUGGAGACCAGCCCCUCUGGACUCGAUCCCAAUGCCUCUGUUUACCAGCCCCUGAAGAAAUGAAGGCCAGCAGUGUGUUUUUUCCAGGCUUUGGUUAUCAGAAAGCAUCACAAAGGAGCGUCUCUGGCAGUCAAGAUUAAAAAAAGUUUAUAUUGUAUUUUGUGGGACUGUAUAUGUUGUCAUUUUUAAAAAGGGGGGGAAAGAUAACAUCCAAGUCUGAUUAGAACUGCCCACCAGUUUUUCUUGUAAGUUUUUAGAAGACCUCACAGAACUUUGCAGUUUAUUUUUCUCGGCCAUUACAUUAAAACCAUUCUUGGAUUUCAAGUAGCCAAUUUUGCCUUUUAUGUAUUCUUACAGUUUCCUCUUGAAGAAAAAAAAAAAAAAGAGUUUUUCCUUCUCAACCCUUAAUUUUUGUUUUGUUUUGUUCUUAAAUCAGCAAGCAAAACCUGCACAUUGGAUUCACAUGGGAUGACAAUGAAAACUUAGUUUUUAGUGUAAAAGGUUUAAAUAACCUAACACAACUUUGAUGCUAUAGCUGCAUUAAAGAAAAUGAUUACUAAAAUUACAGAAAACAAAAAUUGAUUACCCCUCCAAGGACCAAACAAAUUCAAGGAGUGUCAUUUCAGCCGAGGGGAGAGACUCAGGUGAUGAGACCAGCUGUGGGAAUGUAACAGGGGUUGUGUCUGAAAUGUGUAUCUUCCCAUUGGUGUGUUUAGUCCUAGAAAAUUGCUAGCAGCAGUCUUGUUCACAGUGCCUUGGGAAAAGACAUUUCAAGAGGAAACUUGAUUUUAAACAAUUUCCCCCUUUACCAUCAUCUACCUUCUCUCUGUGUCAAGCUCACUGCGGAUCCUGCUAUAGAACUGGUGGGUAGCUGGGCUGUUCGGUACCACUUCAGCCACACCUUCUGUUUCCUUUCAUUGAAAGCACCACAGUGUUCUGGACUUGUCUCGAGGCAAGCACCCUGGGAAGGGGAGCUGGGCGGUGUUUGUGUUCGAGAGACUGCAAUGCCGGCUAAUAAAAGCUGCAGUUCUAGGUUUUGUUUUGUUUUCUUUUUUUUUAAUUUCCUUUAACUGUGCUUUCCACUUUUCGUCAUCUUGUGUUUGACGAUUUAAAAGAAACUUGACAAUUCCUCAGCUCUUGUGCCAAGGAAGGUUUGUUGUUUUGGUUUUUUUUUUAAAGAGUUUAAAACUCAAAACUCUGCACAAAGAUUUCAGUCUCAAGUAUAUAUUAUACAUUGGUAGAAAAGUGUUUGCACUGGCAACCUUUGGAAGUGUUUAAGAAUCAGGGAGGGGGUGGAGGGAGGGGCUGGGAGAGGGAGGGGCAAAGCAAAAUUGUAUUUGGAACCUAGGAAAAUUAAGAAACCAAAUAGAAUGGUUUGACUUCCUUGCCAUGGAUUCUGGAAGGACAUAGUUCUAAAAUUUCCUGUUAAUUGGCAUGUAUGUCUCAUUUAAAGCAAAUUAAGUAGGACAAGCAAGUCAGCAAAAUAGAAGUGUUAAAAAGAAUCUUCCUUUUUAAUCACUGAUCUUGUUUUGGGAUUAAAACCUUCUAGCUUUAGCCAGGUAUGCAUGUUGCUGCCAUUUUGCAUUUUUGAAUCAUCUUGUGUAAUUGUCACCAUGGAAGUGUUACUCAGAAUUGUCACAGAUUUUUUUCAUCUUUGUGCAAAAACAUGGAAAAUUGUCACUGACUUUGUGUUGAGGUUUCCCCCAUUUUGCUGCCUUUUGGGACACUAUUUUGGUUAAAUACUUGGUCUUGGCUGCAUUCCUUUUUUUUUUUUUUUUCCUGUGGGGUUCAAAAGAAUAAACAUUUUCUUACAGAUAAAA